UGGUUUCGUCGAUCGUGUACAUACGCGUGCGUCUCACACAGGACGCAGAGCGAUACGGCACGAUCUACGCAAGUAUAUGCACUGCAGACUAUAAUUCGGUAACGUGUCACGUUAAGAUCAAGAAAGGAUCGCUGUGAAUGCUCUGCGUGGAAGAAUGGACAGAAAAUAUUUUCUUCUGCCAAAUGCGAGAUUGACAAAAUUAAAACGGAUGAUGGAUGAAUGAUUAAAUAUAGUUGCAUGCUACGGAGCAAGUUUUAAUAAUUAAGACUUAAAGAAGAUCUAUACAUUGCGUUUAAUCUGCAUUUAAAUAUGGAAUGUUAAAGUGACAUGAAAUAAAUAAGUAGUAAAGGACAUCUAUAAUAAUAUCAUCUAUAUAUGAUAAAGGGAUAUGACUUAUCAUGAUAUCACCUGUCUGCCUAGUCAAAUGCAAGAUUUGAUGGUCCAUUUGUAUCAUUGUUCUGUAAAUGUAACCUAGAUGGUAGUCAGGCAAUAAUUUGUUGAAGGAAUUAUAAAAAAAUAUUUGUGGGAAUGGGCAAUUGUUUGUGUAAAGAUACUCCAGACGAACUAGAGACAUAUGGUAGUAAUGAUCAUGCGGAAGGUCAAAAUACAAUACUACCAGAACCAAGCAUAAGUAUGGUUUCAUCUAGUGACUCAGCAUCUCCUUCUUUUAAGUUCCCAACAUCAGCAAAUAUUGAUAAGCUUGUAUUAGAAACAUUGGGAAGUCUGGAUACUCUGGUGGAUAAUGAUCAUGAGCCACCACCAGCAAUGUUAAAAUUAAAUGCCAUUGCUGAUAAAGAAGAUGGUUGGAUACAAGUAGUUAGUUCUAUGGUCAAUGUUAUUCCAAUGCACAAUCCGUUAGGCCCUUCUGUUAUAAUAUUAUUAUUAGAUGAUUGCCCUUUACCUUCAAAGGACUCUGUGUUAAGAUUAUCACACAUGUUUCAAUUGUCACAAAGACUUGGAAAGAUACAAAUUACAGCCACCCAACAACGCAACAUAUGCGUAGUACUUGGUUGUAUUGCAGAGAAACUGGCUGGUCCUAGUAGUAUAGCGAUUUUAUCCGAUGCCACUUUAGACUACCUUGUUUCAAACUUGCGAGAGGAUAUCGAGCCUUAUGUAGUGUUAUAUUCUUUAAUAGCAUUAGAGAAGUUUGCACAGACAAGUGAAAAUAAAGUAACUAUCAAAAAACGUCUCAUGGUAGAGAAACAAAAUCCACUACUUGAAUUGGAGAAAUGGGCUACAGAAACACAUUAUGUGCGACGUCAAGUUGGUUUCUGUGCACAAUGGUGUUUAGAUAACCUAUUUUUAAUGGAAGGUAGAAAGUAUUCCCAUGACUCGGUCGACGUGACUGGUAUUAAUGUAAUGUUAAAUACGAAGGAUGUAAGUGAGUACCUGAAAAUAUCACCUGAUGGUUUAGAGGCGCGAUGUGAUGCAUACUCUUUUGAAAGUGUACGGUGUACGUUUCAAGUAGAUUCGGGAAUAUGGUAUUAUGAAACGUUAAUAAUAACCACAGGAGUGAUGCAAAUUGGAUGGGCCACAAAAGACAGCACGUUUCUGAAUCACGAGGGAUAUGGCAUAGGAGAUGAUGAAUUUUCCUUGGCCUAUGAUGGCUGUCGUAGACUGAUUUGGUAUAAUGCGCGAAGUGAAAAAUUUCACGACAGACCAUGUUGGAAAUCUGGUGAUAUCUUGGGUUGCUUAUUGGAUUUAAAUAAAUUAGAGAUAAUAUUUUCCAUUAACGGUGUACCGCUUAAACCGUGCAUCCAGGUAUUUAAAACAGUAAGGUCUGGAUUCUUUGCAGCAGCUAGUUUCAUGUCAUUCCAGCAAUGCCUUUUUAACUUUGGAAAUGCACCUUUUAAAUAUCCACCUACUGAUCGAGAAUUUCAGAAGUUUAACGACUAUGCUACAUUAAAACCAGAAGACAAAAUUGUACUUCCCAGACAUAUAUACCUAGACCAAUUGCGAAGACUUAGUGUUAGAGAAGAUUCCUGUACAUUAUGCUUCGAUCAAAGGGCAUCGGUGAGGUUACUGCCGUGUGACCACAGAGGGUUUUGCCAAACGUGUUCGAAACAGCUGAUUGAGUGUCCAAUGUGUAGAGCUACUAUUGAAGAAGUAGCUUCUGAUAACAUAUGACAUCGAUCAUAUCAUAUAAAUCUUUACCAAAUCUUUUACAAUUUUUCUUAUAUCAUGCAACUUUCACAGAAAUUUCACGAAAUAAUCAUAAUUAUAGUAGGUAAUUAUUUAUGCUGUAUAUUAUAUACAGUGAUUACGUAUUACAUAAUUAUUUUGCGACAUAAUGCGUUAGUAGAUAGAAAAGACUACAAAUUUAUAACAAAUAGGAAAAAUUCCGUGUGGCCGCAGUGAAUCAUGAAUGAGCAGACAACUUCGUUAUAAGGGUCGGAUUUAAAGUUUGAAGCGCGAGCGAAUAUUUUAUGAAAACAUUCUCCUUGAAACUUUUCCAUAUACAUCCCUAUACUUUUUUUACUAUGUAGAUUUAUAGGUAAUAAAAUUUCGUGAUUUAUGGAGAUUAUAUGCGCAUUAACGUCGGAAAAUUAAAAUAAUAUACUGACUAAUAUAUUAUUUAUUAUCAGACUGAAAAAAAAGAGUUCACUGGAUGAGAGUGACGCACGCAUUUAUUACCACAAGAAGUGUAAUGUGGUAGGUGGAAAUGUUUCAAAUAUAUAGAAAUAAAAUCGAAUACGGCAAUGACAAAAACAAAUCUUACGCUAAGACUUUCUUUAGCGUAAAUGUUCAUUCGUAGACAAAUGUGCCCGUUACGCUUCUCGAAUGUAAUUGUUAUUCUCAAAUAAAUUUUGCCUAAUAAUUCUUGUUCUGAACUUUGAGACGACGUGAAAUUCGCGUGAUAACAGUCAUCUGUUAACUCGAAAAUUUCUUCUGUUAGAAUUCGAAAGUUCAGAUUAUUUGCAAAUCAUUUAUGCGCAAGUGAAACUAACUUGUGAUGUAAUGUAAAUUUAUCUUUAAGAAACUGUGAAAUACUGAUAAUAUAGAAUACAUAUAUUAUGUUAAAGUAUAUAUAACACACUCACAUACAUACAUACAUAUAU